AAACGGGGGCCUGAGGUGCCUUGGCACAUCUCUUCCUCGCUUUGGUGUUGCAUGCAUCUCAUUGGCUGGAUCAAGCACGCGCGGCUGGUUAGCCGCAGCCAGAAACAGUCGGUCCCGACGUGCGGCCUGGUGGAGGCGGAAACUGUGCGUCGCGAGGUCGAUAGCUCGGCGCUCGCUUCAGGAGGAAGCGGCUGCAAGGGCGAAGCUCCAGUGAGGCGCUGCCGCGCGAUGAUGGCCGCCAAUCAGCCGCCUCCCCCCCCCAAGCCUUGGGAGAACCGGCGACUAUCUGCUGAUGUGGGAGCCAGCCAGCUGACGAGGCCUGGGCAACCCACCUUCACUCGAGUGCCCCCUCCUAUUUUACCAAGGCCAUCGCAACAGACAGGAAGCACCACCCUGAAUUCCUUCAGACCUGCUUACAGCAGCUCUUUUAGUUCAGGCUAUGGCACGUAUGGGAAUUCCUUCUAUGGGAACUACAGCCCUUACAGUUAUGGAGGAUAUGGCGGCUUGGGCUACAACCGGUUUCGGAUGGAUGAAGUUCCCACCAGCCGGUUUGUUCAGCAGGCUGAGGAAAGCAGCAGGGGAGCAUUUCAGUCCAUCGAAAGCAUUGUGCAUGCCUUUGCCUCCGUCAGCAUGAUGAUGGACGCUACCUUUUCUGCAGUCUACAACAGUUUCCGGGCAGUCUUGGAUGUAGCCAAUCACUUCUCCCGGCUCAAAAUACACUUCACCAAGGUGUUUUCAGCUUUUGCGUUAGUCAGAACUCUAAGGUACCUUUACAGGCGGCUGCAACGGUUGCUGGGUCUGAGAAAGAAUUCCGAAAAUGAUGAUUUGUGGGCGGAAAGUGAAAGAACUGUAGCCUGUGUUGGUCCGGAGGAAAGGGCAGCCUAUUCUGCAAAAUCCUGGCCCAUUUUCUUAUUCUUCGCUGUUGUUCUUGGGGGACCCUACCUCAUCUGGAAGCUGCUGUCUAGCUACACUGAUGAUGAAACAGUUUCCAGUAACUGGGCAAGUGGAGAGGAUGAUCACGUUGUCGGAAGAGCAGAAUAUGACUUCAGUGCUGUUUCAGAAGAAGAAAUUUCUUUCCGUGCUGGUGAAAUGCUAAAAUUGGCACCGAAAGAACAACAACCCAAGAUACGUGGCUGGCUUUUGGCUAGCUGUGACGGACGGACGACAGGACUUGUACCAGCUAAUUAUGUCAGAAUACUCGGCAAAAGGAAAGGGAAGAGAACCACAGAGCUGGAGAAGGUUACAGAGCAUCAACCAAUCCUUAGCAAUACCACUUUGAUUCGAGGAGCCACAGCUGCUGACACUUUGGAAGAGCAAGAAGCAGCCUUUGAGUCUGUUUUUGUAGAAAACAGUAAAGUUCCUGUCACAGCCAGCUCUGCUGUGCUUGGUGGAGAUAAACAGGACCUUUGAUGUGUUUGAAGAUUUAUCAAUGUGAUCAUAUUGUGGUCACCAGUAAUACUGAGGAUGACCAUUCAGUAGUGAUGUAGCAGAACACUGUUGUUGACUGCAUCAAAGUAACUUGUUGUUCACACUGGGUAGAAUCAUUGUGAGGGAUGUUAUUGGCCUACCCCUAUACUUGGUUCUUUGGCAUUGAGUAUUGAAUUAAGCAAGCUGGCAUCAAUUUUAUUAUCUCAGGAGUGGUUGAGCUUUGGAAUCUAGAGGGCUUGACACCUUAUGCCCCUCAGCAAAAGGAGCUGGGCUGUCAGGUUCCUCUUGGUGACUGAAGAAUCCACUGAGUGUAGCAUCAUUGUGAUGGUACUGAGAGAGAACAUGAUUGCAAAGUGUCUUUAAGCAUAUUGUGAGAUUGUGGUUUUCCCCUUUUCUUAAACCCAGUUUUUGUGAGAUGAAUCUUUGGCUCAUGGAAAUGUCAGGCUAUCAACAGGAAAACUUUAAGGCGGGGAAGGUGGAUUAACAUUUCCCUCAGUAGUUCUAUACAGAAGGCAUUUCGGCACUGGCAGCAAACCUAAGUAACUGUAGUUCCAAGAAGAUAUGCGCUACCAUGACAUUGGCCCUCUUUUCAUAUAUAAGCUUUCUCCUUUAUGAGACUUGAAAGCUGCUCCUUUAUGCUGCCUUUGUUCUAUCCCUGUGGUUGACACUUCGUGUAAUCCUUUGCCUGGACUUUGCUCUUUAACUAGAAAAGCUGCAUCACUGGUUUUCCUUCUAAUUCACUUUAGGGGCAAUAUCCAACUCCCGCUCUCCUCUUCCUAUGUGCCCCCAUGUCCCCUAAAUCUAUUCUGGGGGUUCCCCCAGCCUUCUGAAACAGACUUCAGGAGCAUGUGGGGUGCGCAGAAGGAGGGACAGUUCCUUUGCACAAGUGGAAAUCCUUGUGCUAAUGGAUCUGUUUAGUUGGAUACUGAUCUAUAUUUUGGCCCUGUCUUCUUCCUGGAAAUUUUCAUUCAAUCCACUGAGAAUACCUUGCUGAGGCUCAAAAUACAUGGGAUAGUAGCACAUCUAUGUUUUAAACUCAGACCUGCCACCAUCAUAUGCAGUCUCAGCCUGAAUGUUUCGUAAACAUAUACAUAAAUCUUUUUCUCCAGUCCCUUAAAAUUGCAAAUGUGAGCUGUUUAGUUUCUAAGUUAAACAUUCUACAUCGUAAUCUUGUGGUAUUUGCUUUACUAAGGAUGCUAAACUUGGUAUUUACUUACAUGUGAGAUGGUGUUUUACAAAGCCAGACUGACAAAUAAAUAAAAAAUUGUUGUUUUUUUUAAAAAAUAAUGUUUACUACUAUAUUGAUGCCAUAUAAUUCUGUAUAGCGAGAUAAAAGAGCAGAUUUUUCUGAGAGGACUUGAUUGAUAAAACUAAAUUCAGGGUAUGACUUGUUAGAUAGUGGUACAUCAAAGCUCUACAAUGUCUGCAGCAGCUUGGAGCUUCCAGUGCUACAGAAUUGAAUAUUCCUCUUUUUAGACUGUCUUAAAUGAAUUUCCAAAAUUGGAAAGUAUUGAAUCUGCCACAUGCACAUCUUGGAUUUUCUUCUUUGAAUCUUAAAUUGAAAUCCUUCUGUAGAGUUCCUUAUCCUCAGUUUCACUACAAAACAAUUAAUGUUCUUAUAACUAACACCUUUACUUGCAUUAAUUUCUGAGCAGUUUUAUUUGCUAGGGCAAAACAGAAUGAAUAGUGGUGAACAGGUUUAUAUGGUACUUUUCAUAAAUCUAAUAGUAUUGCUUGAGGUAGUUUUGCAAAACUGUUUAUGUUCAUGCACAGUAUAACUGACUAAUGUGCUGAGGUGUGAAAGACAGGAAUCAUCUUUGACUCCUUUCUGUUCAAUAAAAGAGCAAUGCAACGGCUUCUGGUGACAGUGUUGAAAUUCUUGUUUAGUGAGAUGAUAGUAGCUAUGGGUCAAGAAAAUGGAAAGCCAGGAUUAGAGCAGGAUGGGCCAGUCAUACUUUUAUUAUUGGAUUUUAAUUUUAAAGACAUAUCCUUUCAAUUCUCAAAAAAGAAUUCGAGUUGGCUUACAGCCUCAAAAAUAUUAAGAAAUAUAAAAACAACACAAGAUACAUUCAACCAUCAUUAUAAUAAAACAGCAAUUAACACAGGAAGCAAAAAAUUCCAGCAAGCAGCAUAAAGAAAAUGUAGGUCAACAGCACUGAUAAACCUAUACAAGAAAGAUAACACAGUGUGGGGAAAAUCGAAGCACACUUUGGAUUAGUCUCCAGUAGAGCACAAAUGGCAUCACAAGAUCCAACCUCAUAGCUCCUAGGACUCACCAUCCUGCGGUUUACCUUGAAGCAUGUGCAUCGAAUCCAAAUUGUUUGCAUGACUAAGAACUGAUCUUUUUUAAACUGGAGUUCCCCUGCACAGAGAGAAAGAAAAUUCAGGUGGCUGAAAUUUUAUCUAUAUUGCUGGAGUUGUUGGUCAUGAUCUGCUUAAAGCAGUUAGGUGGUAAUUUCUGUAUGUAAACUUGAGAUUUUAACUAAAGAAAUACUUGACUUUCAAUAUCUUGAAAAUUCAAACUGGCUGGGAUGGAGUGGGGAAAUGUUCUACAUUUUCAUUAGAAGUUCAAAUGUUUUCAGCUGGUGAAAUCUAAAUGUCACAUUUAAUUUUUCUGAUAAUAGUAAAAUCAGUAGGCUGAAAAGUGUUUUUCUUAAAAAGAAUUCAUUAUUGAUUGAUGGACUUCUACCCGGAUCCUAAAUAUAUUUCCCUGAAAGAAAGUCCUACUGAAUUUGAUGGGCUUCCUUCCUUGUAUGCUUAGGUUUAUCUUACUUUAUACUUGCUUGAACUGUACUUAAGAGUUUCAUAUCUAUGCAUAUUGCACUUCAAAGUAUGCAUAGUGAACCCUGACUGUGACUCUUUGACUUUGUACUUGUUUUAUUGGCACCAGAAUGAAAGUUGGUGUAAAUGACUUAGAUUUUACUAAAAGUUUUAUCACGCAGUUGGAUUAACCUUGAUGAAUCUAUUAAAUGCCAUUGAAACUUCA